UGUCGUGUGCUGUGGUGUAUACUGGCUACUUUCACACGGAUUCUUUGUGCGUUUGUUUGUUAGAGUCAAGAGAAGCGUGUCAACUCUAUUGGCCUAAUGAUCAUUUAGCGUUGGGAAAUUUGAUUGUUGUUGGGUUUGGGUUUUUUUAGCAAAGAGAAGCAUAUCGACAUGGUAAUGGUCAUUUAAAGCUGAAAAAUGUGUUUGAGUGAAAGGAAGCACAUCGACACAACGAUGGAUAUUUAGUGCUGAGGAAAAAGGUAAGACAGAUAGAAGCAUCACAAGGAGAGAAAAGAAGUUGGACCUAUCAGUGACACCCUCCAACUACCCACGUGCUGCUACAAAAGGAAGACAGACAGAAACAACAGAGCGAAAAAAAUAAAAGAGUAGGACCUGACCUGACCUACCAGUGACAGCCUCCAACCACCCUCUCUCACAGGGAUUCAAAAUGGCGGACCCGUACACCUAUCGCAGAACGAGCCUCAGCGUUCACGGCUUACAAGAAGCCCUUGACAGCCACGACCGCAUCACUAAAGGAAACUACGACAGCGGCAACAACACUACCAGCCACAGCAACAACUACUUCAAUAACCACAACAUCAACAACAACAGCAGCAGCAACAACAACAACACCCACCACAGCUAUCGCGAUGACGACAACGACGAUCGAAAUCGUAGAGAAUACAACAACGGUUACAACGACACCAGCAAAGGACGUGGUGGUGAUAACAAUAACGACUAUAGUAAUGCUGCUGCCAGAGAUCAUAACGGUGAUAACAGGUUGGCGAGGAGAGAUGAUGAGAGAGAGAAGGACGACGACGGGAAUGAGAGAAAGUCGGACAGUCGCGGGAACAAAACGCACAGGGGGAAGCCCAAGGGCGAGAGUGUGAGGAAGAGAUAUUAUGAUACCUCAGAAAUGGAAGAUGUCCUUCAGGACAAGAUCGCCACCCAGCUCCGCGAGAACGGCAUCGCCGAGACCAAAGUGGUCACGUUGUCCGCCAAGAUCUCACAGGCAGUCCGAGAUGACGUCAUCGACUCGGAGAACGGCAGGCAGCCACAGGUGACGGCCAACCUUACAGAAGCCAUCAACAAACACCUGGACCCGAUGCUCUACAACAGAGACGAUGCCACGGACCUGAGAGACUCACAGAAGCCCAGGGACGCUAUACAUCUGUCAAACCUUGUGCUGCUCAGGCUGG